AUGGCACGGCCGCGCCUGGAGCGGUCGGAGGUGGUGGCUCGGGAGGGAGAGGGCUCGAACGUGGAUGACGUGCGCACGAGCUUUGGCACGUUCCUGGACUACCAGCAGGAUGACGUCAUCAAGCGCAUUGAGCAGCGCAUUGCUGCAUGGACCUUCCUCCCUGUUGAGAACCAGGAGGCGAUGCAGGUGCUGCGGUACCAGGAGGGGCAGAAGUACGAGGCACACCACGACUUUUUCGAGAAGGAGGGGCAGCAGGGUGGGCAUCGCUACGCCACAGUGCUCAUGUACCUGACUGAGGGCUUGAUGGGAGGCGAGACGGUGUUUCCUGACGCUAAGGAUCCUGUGGAGAAGGAUGACACCUGGUCGGAGUGCGGCAAGCAGGGAGUGGCAGCCAAGCCAAUCAGAGGCGACGCGCUCCUUUUCUUCUCCCUCACCCCAUCCGCCGAACUCGACCUCACAUCUCUUCACGCGGGCUGCCCGGUAAUUUCCGGCGAAAAAUGGUCGGCGACAAAGUGGAUUCACGUGGGUGCGUUCUACACCCCAUCUGGGGCUCCGGCUGUAGCGCCGCCUUCGGAUGGAUCGUGUGAGGACAAGGCACAGCACUGUGUGUACUGGAAGACGCAGGGCGAGUGUGACAAGAACCAGGAGUACAUGCAUGCUAAUUGUCCCAAGUCGUGUGGUGUAUGUUCGGCUUGA